AAGUUUCCUUUGAAAAGACAUGGCCAAGAGCAAUGGUGGAAAUGACUGGCAAUAUCUCUCACAUUCGGUAAGUCCAUGAUCACAAUACACCUUUAGACCUACUUGGAGGAAAUCAAGCAGAAUUCAAACGACCUACCCUUGCCCCAUGCAAAUCAGUGUACAGUGACUCACACAGCGACAGGUGCGUCAGUCGGACAGGUACCCGGAAGAAGAGAGAAAAAAAAACAGGAGCUUGUUCGAGUUACAGUGUGUUAACCCUUACAGAGACUAAUUCUAGCCCAGCUACAGCCAUGGACCAGAGGAACCUACAGGAAGAGUUUAAGGAUCAGUUUACAGACGUGGUGUCCAGACUGCAGUCUAAACAGCUGUUCCAGUCUGACUGGGACAUCGCCUCCUUCGCUGUCUUCUUCAUCUUCAUCGGCAUGGUUCUGCUGCUUGUUGUCCUGGUUCUGAUCCGCUGCUGCUGCUGCUGCUGUGAUGAACAGCCUAGAAGACACAAAGUGGGUCAUGAAAACUUUGGAAUGGAGACCUGAAAGAAACUUGGAACAGAAUGGAAGAUUCCACAAUGACGACACUUAGAAAAUUGAUUAGUCCUUUCUAUAAUUAAUCUUAUUCAUAUUUUUAGAUGCACUUUAUAUUUCACCUUUAUCUGUGUGCCAAACCAAGAGUUGUAUAACUUGUUUUCAUUCUGGUUCUAUUUACUCUGACUGGUGGAAAAUGUUGCACUCCCUGUGGUAACCCGUUUUAGCUGCCGUCUAAUGGUGGAAAGUCAUUGGAGGUCAUAUGAAUCAGUUUACUUGUUCCCUGCACGGCUAGCGGUUGUUGCUAGGACGCCAGAAAGGAGAGCUAGGUGAAAACAGUCACUGAGUGUCACAACCAGAAGAUGAAAGGGCUUUCACUAACAACUAGGCACCACCCUUUAUGUAGUGGAAUCAACACCAGUUCACAAAGUCAAACUUUUCUACUUCGUUUGUGUACUUUAAACAUAACUUCUUAAGUGUAUGUAAUGAGGAAUGAUAGAUAUUGUAGUAGUAUUGAUUCAAUGACUUUAAUGUAGUUAAUUAUAUUAACAAUAUAAUUGAAUGUUGAAACAUGUACAUUGUAUGAUUCAAUAAUAUUUUGUAUUGAAUCUGUCCUGAUUGACUGAGCGAACACUCCUGUAUAACAUCUCUUUACUGCACAGAUAAUAGAUCAUAUGGUCCACAACAUAUACAUGUAUACAUGUCAAAAUAAAUGAAAACACUUGCAGUAAUAAUAA